CACAAGUAUUAUUGAGGAGGCUAUUACACUUUCUCUCUCUUCUUCUCUACUUCUAUAUAGCUAAACCAAGCUACAUUGUAAUACAAGAGAACAUACACACACACCCUUAAGGAGAAACUAACAAAUAUUUUCAGUUUGAGAGAGAAGGGAAAGUUAAAAGAGUGUUUGGAUUUCAGUGAGAAGCCAAAAAUGGAUACUUUGAUUGGAAAGGAGAAUGGUUUGAACAUGAGGGAGACUGAGCUUUGUCUUGGUUUGCCUGGCGGAGGCGGCGGCGGCGAGGUUGAAACUCCUAGAGCUGCUGGAAAGAGAGGUUUCUCUGAGACAGUUGAUUUGAAGCUGAAUAUUCAGACCAAGGAAGAUCUGAAUGAGAAUCUGAAGAAUGUUUCAAAGGAGAAGAGCAUGCUUAAGGACCCUGCCAAGCCACCAGCUAAGACUCAAGUAGUUGGUUGGCCACCAGUGAGGUCAUACAGAAAGAACAUGAUGGCACAAAAGGUUAACAAUUCUGAGGAGAAUGAGAAGACAACAAGUAGCACUACUGCUGGUGCAUUUGUUAAGGUUUCCAUGGAUGGAGCACCUUACCUUCGUAAGGUCGACUUAACAAUGUACAAAACCUACAAAGAUUUAUCCGAUGCCUUAGCCAAAAUGUUCAGCUCCUUCACCACUGGUAACUAUGGGGCCCAAGGAAUGAUAGACUUCAUGAAUGAAAGCAAGUUGAUGGAUCUUCUUAACAGCUCUGAGUAUGUGCCAACCUAUGAAGAUAAGGAUGGCGACUGGAUGCUCGUGGGAGAUGUCCCAUGGGAGAUGUUUGUUGAAUCAUGCAAGCGUCUUCGCAUAAUGAAAGGAUCAGAAGCUAUUGGGCUUGGUAUGUAUAUAUAUAUAACAUCAUUUUGUUCAUUUCUGGCUAUUGAUCCUAAAGUUGGAAUUUUUUUCUAUGUAUUUUUUCAGCACCAAGAGCAAUGGAGAAAUGCAAAAACAGAAGCUAAAUACAUAUCUUAUAUGAAAGUCCUGUACCAAAGUGGACCUAUAAGAAAAGAUAUAUAUGAAGCUAGCACUACUUGUGGAUUAUUGGAGUGUUGUUAGUUUGGAUGUGUCUUCAGUGUUUUUUGUUUUGUUCGUAUAUAGAUUCAACUUUAAUUUUCAAGUAUUUGUAAUCGACAUGAAGCAAUAAACUUAACCAAACCACCUAUAUACUAUAUAGUUUGCCUUGUUUAA